UGGUAGUGGUGGUGGUGGUGGCGGCGGCAGCGAGGUGCCUCACUCGCCGCGGCGUCCUGAGACUCCUGUGUGUGCCUGGCCGUUGUUGGCUCGUGAUCCUGCACGCUCUCUCGCCGGACGGACCCGCUUUAGUGCCUCGCUGGUCCCCGAACUCGCCUGUGCGCUGCUCCAGGUGACUGCGCUGCCCUCGCCACUGUGUGCUGUAGCCCGAGAACAGGGACAGCGGCGCGCACCAAUUUGUAAACACGUGUACUGCCGCCGCGCAAGCCGUGUUCGGUGUUCUUGACAGUUGGUUGUGUUGUGGCGCGGCUGAUGAACCAUUGUGUCGGUGAGGGCGGGAUGGUGCCGGGCGGCGUGAUGCUGCCCGGAGGGGAAAAGACGACGCCCGAGGUGGGCGGGUGCCCCGGAUGCUGUUGUUACUGUGACUUGUACUCCCUGGCCGAGUAUGUGUACCGCGACAGGUUGUCCUACCCGCCGCCGCCCCUCGCCUAUACGCCCGUGCCACCGUGCCCGACGCACGGGGAGGAGAAGACCUCGAAGGAGGAGGACCUCCCCGUCAUCCACCCGCCUCCGUCUCCACACAUGUCCCCCGACGUCACGCUGGCAUUCCUGUUGUCCCUGGACCUGCUGCGCUCCCUCCCGCAGCAGCACGCCCUCCACCACGCCCUCGAGUCGCGCGGGCUCCUCAAACACGCAUGUCACCGCCGGUCGUCGUCGUUCGGAACCCCGGGGUCCAAGCUUGGGGAUGAGGAGGGAGGGGGGGUCAAAGGUGGAGAGACGCCCCCCCUCCUCUCCUCCACCUCCCAUCCUGCCAACCUACACAUGCCACAUCACCAGAUAGACCCCCUGAUGAGGAUGCCGGGAGGGAGCAUGGGCGUGAUAGACAACGCCCGUAUUUACGGGGAUAGGGUUCACCCGGCGCAGCACACGCCCUCUCCUACCUGCACGCCCACCUCGUCAGCCAACCAAUACCCCAUCAUGUGUGGUGGCAAUCACAAUGGCGAGGGUGGAGGAGGAGGAGGAGGCAUAGACGGCGGCGGAGGAGGCGGUGACGGGGCAGACGAGGAAGAGCUCGGUGCUUAUUGGGAGCUCCUGGACGGGGAGAUCCGCCCGGUCAAGCCCAUCCCGGCCUACCCCGAGUCGCAGGUCAUCUUUGCGGAACACAAGGAGAUGGCACGCAAAUAUUUGGUCCUGCAGCAAGAAAUCUUCAACUUGCGGAAGAACAAGAUAGCCCUGCAGGAGAAGCUGUCACAGGCCGAGAAGCUGGAGCAGCUCGGCAACCAGCGCUACCAAGACAAGAUAAGAGAACUGGAAAAUAAAAGGGAGAACCUUCGGCACACUCACAGUAGACUAAGACAACAGCUGGAGCAGAUUUUGGCCCGACAGCAAGAGCAGCAACAGCGGGAGCAGCAGCAGCAGGAGGACGGGAGGGGAGGCGGCUUGGGGUCAAACCUCUCCCUGACCCCCCUCUGAGGACAGGUGCACGCUCUCCCCCCCCCUCUCCAAGCACCAGGGCUGUGAUUUGUGAGACAGUCAGGGACGCCUUUCUAGCGUGGAUGAGCUGUUCUUCCUUAGUUUCUCAUGCCAUGCCCCAUAUCAUGUGAGAUGGAAACACAGAAGAAGAAGAAGAAGAAGAAAAGAGAAAGUUUGAUUGGACUAACGUACAGAUAUUGGAUCAAAGGAUUUUAUUACUUUCUGAUCUUCGAAGGGUUCAGAUGUAUAGAAAUUUUUUUAUCUGAUAUGAUGUUUUUGUAUUUUAGAAAAAGUGGGAAAAAAAAUCUUGGAUGGGUGACCAGCGCUGCAAGUUCGAGCAGCUGAACAAGAGGAGAAAGCAGGCGAUAACUUUCCUUUUCUUCCCCACUUAUAUGUUUCUUCCUUAACAGGUACUGAGUUGAAUCUAUGGACACUUAUUCUAGACUGUAGGUAUCAGAUAAAACACAUUGUCAAUUAUUUAGAACCAAAUUUUAGUCUUUUAAGUUGUAAUUUUGGUCACUUAUUUAAUAUUCAUUAUAGAAUCACCUGAUAUGACUUAUUUAUUGAUGUAUAAUAUUUUGGAGUUGAUUCUUGCAACUCUAAAAAGUAUGCAUUUUUAGGCUAGAGUAUUUUUUAAUGGUAGAAGAUCACAUCACAAGAGAUGUGGUGAUGCACUCUUGUUCAUUUUUUGAGUUUGAUCCUUCAGUUUAAAUUUUCUUGCAUUAACUUGGCUAAGAAAAGAAAAUAGGAAGGAUUUAAUUACUUGGCACUGGUGAAAAGAAAAUUCUUGAUUUUUAUCAUAUGAAUAUCUGUAACUUAUUUUAUUGAGGUUUUAUAUGGAGCAGGAAUAUAUUCUGUGAUAAAGAAGGUAAUACAAAAGACAUUUUAACAAUGAUAUGUAUGGAUGUUCUGCAUUUUUAAUUUUAUUAUGUGCUAUGAGUGAAACGGAGCUUUUUAAAAGCUAGUCAAACCAUAAUCGAGAAGUGUAGGAAAUUGUAGGGAUUUUGUACAUUAUAAUUAAUAUUAUUAUUAUUAGUUAUUAUUGUUAUUAUUAUUUUUAUUAUUGUUAUUUUUAUUAUUAUUAUUAUUAUUGUUAUUAUUAUUAUUAUUAUUAUUAUUAUUAUAUUAUCAUCAGUGUUUUUUAUAUUACCGUUAAUUAUUUUUACUGCAACUACUAUUAAUGGCAUUUUUGUUACAGUUUUUACUAUCACUCCUAUUACUGAUAUCUUUCAAUGUUAUCACUAGCAUUUUUAUCAUUUUAAGUAAUAAAAAACGAAAGCAGAACGUAUCCAGCAAUGGAGCAUAUCAUAGAUUUCGCUGAAUAGCACAAGUUCCAAGUACCAGACUGUCAGAAAGAUGCAGGAAGCAUUGUAUGAAAAAUAAUUAUAUAUUUAUUUAUGAUCUGUUGUGAAUUAGCCAGUAGGCAUUAGUUGUCUGAAAGAUCCCGAGGAAGCCAUGAAGCGUGACUGGUGAGGGAGGUUCAGUUAGUGCUGCAGUAAAGUGUAAAAGCAGCAAGUGUGUAUGUGCCUUUGAAUGUGUUCAUCUUCGUUAUAUAAUCUCUUGAAGUAGCUUAGAGGGAGAGUACUGUACUUCUAAGCUGCUCUACAGGUGUUUUAGAAGUGAUAGUGUACUUGUCAGCUUUGAAGUGUUUUGAUCUUUUUAUUGUAAUAUAUGUAAAUAUAGAUAUGUAUUUUAUAUGACUAUUGAAAGAAAGAUAUUUACA